UAGCUUUAUUACAUUGACAGAUAAUUUGGAUCAGACAAGCAGAGGCGUGAGCGCAGUGUGGCGUUGCCGUCGAACAGCCCCAGCCAGGUCAUGUCUUUAAAGAUGGAGAUGGAUGUCAGUGGCGUGUCCAGGGCACCCAUAUCUGUUCUACCUGCUGCUGCGGCGGAGGUGAAGGCCACACUGAAGCCCGAGGCGGAGCGCCCGCGCUGCUCCAGCACCCCCUGCUCGCCCAUCAAAAGUACUGUCUCAGGAUACCAGAUCCUGCAAAUGAACUCCAACUACCUGGUGGGCUUCACCACCGGCGAGGAGCUGCUCAAGCUGGCCCACAAGUGGUCCGGCGGUGCCGAUGCCGGACCGGACAGGCCCGCCGCCUUAGGCUCCACCUCUCCCGAGGCCUUGCCGGCGAGCCCUCUGAGGCGGCCCCUGGAUGUGGGCCUGCACCGGGCCUCGCGCAUCUACAAAGCCAAGAGCCGCUACUACCAGCCGUACGACAUCCCCGCCGUCAACGGCCGCCGGCGGAGACGCAUGCCCAGCUCAGGGGACAGCUACCUCAGGCCGGCCUGCGGCUCCGGGGUCGGGUUGGGCGCGGCGGGCGAGCCCAGCAAGGCCCUGCACGGGCCCCUGCCUCUGUGCCUGCUGAAGGGGAAGAGAGCGCAGUCCAAGUCCCUGGACUACCUCAACCUGGACAAGAUGAACCUGAGGGAGCCGGCCGCGGACACCGAGGUGCUGCAGUACCAGCUCCAGCACCUCACCCUGCGCGGGGAGCGCGUCUUCACCCGCAACAAGACAUGAAGGACCUGGACGGCGGACAA